UACCGCCGCUGCGGUGUUCCCUUGAGAAUGCGCCGCUGUACCCGCAUCGAACAAACCAGGCUUUCCCCGCAUUCUCCUCGACCUAUCUCGGCUCUCAGUCUUGUUUAUUCCCUCGAACCAUUGCAAUGGUGGCCGACCUGAUUCACGUCAUAUGCUCGCUUUGCCCCGAGAAUUCCUGCAAGGGUGAUAAACAUGGCCAGUCCGGAACCCUCACCAAGCUGCGUGCGUGACAGGGCUAGCUGCGCGUCGAUCUCCGGCCUUGAAAGCAUGACCUAGAACAAACAAAGAGCAGAUCAUAUUGAUAAAUUCAAAUAUUACUGGGCGCCUCGCCUCUUUCCAUCUGCGAGCUCCUAGAUUCCAUGUCCCGUGUCUGAUGUUUAGCUUUCCCCUGUUCGUGUAGAUACUUUCAGGGUCAUCAAAGCUACUACAAUGCCUCUCCCCCUUCUGUUGUUUACUUUCUUCUCCGGCCUUCUUAAUACGGUCUCGGCGCAAUGCCCCGACUACGAUGAUUAUUCUAAAGUGGCACACGCACCCUUCUCAACCGGAAAGUAUCACCUCCCGUAUCAGAGACCGGUAGCAGCAUGUAGAAAAUUCAACUCUUCGGAUGUCGAAGCAACUAUUGAGGAUAUGCAAGGAAUAGUCAAAGAUCCAGAUCUGUUCCAGCUUUUUCAAAAUGCGUUCCCGAAUACAUUGGACACUACUGUGACCUGGAGAGGCUAUGCGGCCAAUGAUUCGACAGAAGAGCUCACCUUUGUCACGACCGGAGACAUUGUUGCCAUGUGGCUCCGUGAUAGCGCGAACCAGAUGCGCAGCUAUAAGUCGUUACUAAAGGCCGAUGACAGCCCAGACUCGUUAGCAUCUCUGUUCCGCGGCACGAUCAAUCUGCAAUCGCGAUAUAUCAUUCACAACCCAUACUGCAAUGCGUUCCAAGCACCCACAGAGUCUGGGCUUCCGCCGGUAGACAAUGGGUAUGCGGACACCGAUCAAGUGACGCCUCCCUACAAUACAAGCUUUGUUUUCGAAUGCAAGUAUGAACUCGAUUCGAUUUCGGCUUUCUUGCAGUUAUCGCACGACUAUUACGACCAAACCGAAGACAUUGACUUUUUCGGUAAGUUCCAGUGGGUUAGUGCAGUUCAAACGAUUCUCGACGUUGCCGAAGGUCUCCUCGUCGGGACUUACGCCGACGACGGCACCGUGAACGUGUCUCCGUACACGUUCCAACGAACGACCACCAGCGCAACAGAGACGCUUUCGAAUACGGGAGUCGGCAACCCCGUUAAAAGCGGUACCGGAUUGGUCCGCAGCGCGUUCCGGCCAUCCGACGACGCGACUAUCUACCAAUUAUUCAUCCCGGCGAAUAUGCAAUUCUCCAGCUAUCUGGGAAAAUGCGCCAAUAUAAUGAAGGCGCACGAUGUUGAGCUUGCACAACGCAUGAGCGACUUUGCCUCCAACGUACGGAAUGGGAUCGAGACAUAUGGUAAGGUGCAGCAUCCUGUGUUGGGCGAGAUAUAUGCGUACGAGAUCGAUGGGUUUGGGUCGAGCAACUUUAUGGACGAUGCCAACGUUCCGAGUUUAUUGAGCGCGCCAAUUUUGGAUUAUCUGGACGCUUCGGACGAGACGUAUCAGAGCACGCGCAAAUUCGUCCUCUCGACGUGGAACCCGUAUUAUAUGCACGGACCUGUCCUGAAUGGUACCGGCGGCCCACAUGUUGGGCCCGGCAAGGCGUGGCCAAUGUCAAUCAUCACGUCACUCUUGACUUCGGACGACGACAGCGAGAUCGUCGCGGGGUUGCAGAUGCUCGUUUCAUCGACUGACGGGCUGGGGUUGAUUCAUGAGUCUAUAGAUACGUUCAACGCAUCGACUUGGACUCGGGAGUGGUUUUCCUGGGCCAAUGGCUUGUUCGGCGAGAUGCUUUUAGGGCUGAAAGACCGGAAACCUCAUUUACUCGAGACGAGCUUCCAGUAGGUCUAGAUCGAGCUUAAGCAUCAAAGCGUAUAUGCGAGUAGUUAUAGAUACCAUGUACACAUAAUCGACACGUCACCCUGAAAAUCGCAUGUUGAUAGCAGCUCGCGUAUUGUAUGAGCUAACAUCUUGGAGGUGGUUGUACUCACUAUACAUGCUGCAAUAUGCGACUCAUAUAGCAAGUGAAGUGGUCCAAUGGCAUUUAAUCCGGGUUAGCCGUCAGAAUUGCAACAUGAGUUGAGUCGCACGCA